UCGAGUUAGCAUUGGAUGCAGAAAACGAUACACGGCUGAGAAGGACCUCUCUUAAAAAUAUCUGAAUUGAUCUAUUUGUAAGAAUAUUCGCACUUCUGGAAAUACGGUUUGAAGGUGUGCGAUGGAUGAAUAGAAAACUUAACGGAUCUGACGUCAUCCCACUGCUGCAGGAUACAGGAGUGAUCACGCGUGCACAUCCGCCGUACGAAAUAGGACGCAAUCAUGACCAAAAUAACGUCUGACAUCCCCACCCCCUACACCGUCUACAAUGGGGCGUACCUGGCCUCCUACACCCCCAAGCCCCUGGAUGAGCCCGCGGUACGGCUGGACAUCCACGGAAACGACCCCAUGUUCUCGGAAAGACCGACAAGCCACUUCAAGCUGGCGCUGUUUGCUUGUUUCUGCUGCUUCACCCCGGCUGGCAUCACGGCGCUUGUAUACGCCUGCAGGAGCCGAUCAGCCAAGAGACGUGGAGACAUGCAGGUUGCGGCCGAGCAGGGCAAGAACGCCAAGGACCUAUCCAUCGUGGCCAUCACUCUCGGCAUCUUCUUUAUCCUCCUCGGCGCCCUCCUCGGCGCCGUCUUCUACCUGACGUAUGUCCACGUACACGUGCACGACCACGACCACGAUCACGACGUGACUACAGCGACGCCAUAGACUAGAUCCAAUUUCUCCAAGUGUCUUCAUUUUCUGACUGAACUGUUUUCAUGUUAGCAGUUUGUUCCCCAUAUCGCCAGGACGUUAUACCCACGACCAUGCCCUUCGGGGUACCAGAGUGUGCAUAAACUGUCUGGAGAGAGAUGCUUGAUUAAUGUCAUCACGACAUUUGUGGAUUGAAGACCAGCAUUCAAGAUGGCACAUCUCAACGCCUUGUACACAGCUAUACAGCUUCGGUUGAGAUCCAAUCUCAUUAAAAUCAAAUCUAAGUUCUCGCUGCCGCUAAACAAAGAUCUGAGGACAUCCCAUUACGGGUCACGUCAGAACGACCUUUC